AAUGUAUUGAAAACACCAUACUUCUCAUUGGUUAUAAAUAUAUUGGCUAAUCUGGAAACAGCCUAAGUGAAGAGACAUAGCUUUUUGGUAAUGGGCUAGCUGCAAUUGCUUAUCGAAUUUUUUACUCUGGAAUCUUGUGAUUUGAUCUUUGUUUCUUUGUUACCUAUGGCAAAUGCCUCUUGCAUCAUUGAACUGGAGCCUAAGACUCUAAGUCAAGUGCAGCUCACCCAAGCAAGGGAAGUAGCUGCAGAGGUAGUUCAGAAGUUGGAACCAAGUGAAGCUUCAGCUGUAUUUGUUGAGGGGCUUGUACAUCCAAUAAUGGAGGUGACGUCGCAUAUGGAUGAAAAUGGAGGCCCUGUUGAGAAGCUAAUAGAUUGCACAGAGAAGUCUGAGGCUGUGGCUGAUGAGAAAGUCUGCCAUUGCCAAUGCUCGUGCUCUGUUGAAAACCAUUUUCAUGUUAGCCUAAAAGAGCCCCUUUCUGCACCAUUUUGAUUUUGCGUUAUAUCCUUGUAAAUUUGUCCCUCUUUUUCAAAGACUUAAGUGAUGUUGUAAUACCAAUGUUGCUAAUAAUGUAACUGCAAAUUAAUUACUGAUCGAAUGCACAUUGGUGACAUUGCAAUAAAUUUUUACCUUUUCUUUA